AUGCUCCCUGCAGUCCGAAGGGACGUGGCCGGAAAAUGGACCUGCGACGUGUGCGGCAAGCACUGCUCGGAGCAGCUCUUCGUGUUCCGCGCCUUCCUCCGGAAGGAGCACCUGGAUCCCCGCGCAGAGAGGUGCCUGGACCCCUUCGUGGCCUACAUCUCGGAGCGGUGCGGCCGAGGGCUGCUGGGGCAGCUCUCAGAGUACGCGCGCUUCAAGGAGGAGGUCUUUGGCCUCACCACCGGCAGUACGGAUCUGGACACCGCGCGGGCGCAGCUGGAGGAGUCGCUGCGGCGCUGCAGCCGCGAGGACCGGCAGUUCCUCAUCGACGAGUUAGAGCGCCUGGCGGGUGUGGGCCCCGCCGGCGCACCGAAGACCGUUGAGAUGGAGGCAGUGGAGCGGCUUGUGGUUGGGCCCAACCCUGCGGCGCUGCUGCGCACGGCGGAGGAUGCCUUCAGGGCUUUGGCCCGCACGCUGGCCCCACGUGUUGGUGCCCGGCUCUUGGCCUGCGCAGCGCUGCAGCGCGGGCUGGCGGAGGGGGCCGCCGGGUACCUGCAGAGUGUCGCCAGCAGCCUGGCAGCCGGCGGCCCCCUGCCGCAGGCGCCCUCGCCUUGGCCGCUGAAGCAGGCGGCGGCGUGCAUUGAGGCAGUGCUGCGGGCCGCCAAUGAAGGAGCGGGGAGGCGCCUCAGCUGCGGGUGGAGUUGGCGUGCUCCUGGGACGCGAAGAUCAAGGCCUUCGGCCCGGGCAAGGCGGAUCUGA